AUGUUUCAUUUAGUUUUUUUCUUGGUUGUUUGUUCUUAUGUCUAUGCUUAAACCAAACUUUAAUUGUAAGGCCCUUUGCCCCUUAAUAUUGAUUGCAAAGUCUCAAGUUUAAGUAAGUAAAUUUCUUAAAAUUUCAAGUUGAGAAUGGAUUUAUAGGAAAUCAAUACUUUUAUAAUUACCUAUCUUAAAAUGGAGCCCUUUUAUCUUUAAAUAAGAUUACUUUUAGUUUAUGGAUGCAAGUUCAUUCAGAUCCACAAUAGAAAGAUAGAUAAAUUAUAUUUUGUUUUUUUGAUGGCAAUUUAUAAUCACCUGUAAGAAUUAUUAUAAAUUUAGAACAUAAAUUUGAUGCUUUAUUAUAAGCCAGAAGCUGAUGGCACUUAUUUAUAUUUAGAAAAUUAAAAAGUCAAUACGAUAAUCAUAAAACUAAAAAUUGCUAUGUAUCUAUCUAUCCUUUUAAAUAUAUAGAGUAAAUAAAUUAUGGAACUUUUUAUUUGUUUCAAUAGAUUAAAGUUCCGAAAAUUGUUUUAUUAAUCUUAAAUUUUUUUUAACUGGUGAUACUUCAACUAAUCCUUAAUUUUUUCAGUAUGCUGAAACAUUAAUAAAUUAAAAGUACAUUUUCUACUUAAUUUUAGAUUAAUAUAUAAAUUUAAUGAUCGUUCAAGAAUAACAAAUGAAAAAUUAGUUGGGUUUAGUAGUAAAGAUCAAAAAGCUUGCUUAAACAUAGCAAAUUUUUAUUAUAUUAAUGGAUGGACAAGUAUGGAUAAAGAGAUUUAUGUUGAUUAUGAUGCGGAACUUAAAUUUGAAUUGAAGCCUUAUUUAUAGAAUGAAAUAAUUGUAAGUAAUACUUUUCCUGAUAUUUUAUUGAGAAAGAAUACAAUACCUAUUGAAUUUAGUGGAAAUAUUGGGAUGAAUUUUUAUAAAAAUACUUAAAUAGUGUAUAAUUUCUUUGAAUAAUUGCCCUCAUUAACAAUAAUGUUUUGGGUGAAACCUUAAAAUAUCUUAUCAUCUUUUUAAUUUUUAUCAUUUACAGAUGAUGUUUUAUAAGAAACAAGUAUAGGUUUUGGAGUUAGUAAGCUUUAUAAGCUUUUAUUUUAUUAAGUUUACACUAAAACCCCAUAUUGUGAUUUACCAUAAAACAAAUGGAAUCAUGUUACAAUUGGAAUUUUGGAUAUUAGUUUUAAUGAUGAUUUUAAAUAAUUAAAUCAAAGGAAAUUAAUGAGAAUUUUUAUUGAUGAUGUUGAAAGAAACCUAACUAUUAUUACAAACAUUAAGCCAUAUAAAAGAUUAGUUUUAGGACCUGUAUUUAUGGAUGAUUAAGGAUUAGAAAUAAUUGAUAUUUAAGAUAUCAAAAUCUUUAAAGGAUUUGGAAUAAGAUAAACUUUUAAUCAUGAUUGUUUAUUAUUUGUGGGCGAUUAUUGUGCAUUUUGUAAAUCAGGCACACAUUACUGUAAAGAAUAAGAUCCUAAUGACGAUACAAAAAUCUAUCAUUGUCCAGCAGGAUAUAAAGAAGAAAAUUAUAAAUGCUCAAAAAUACUCAUUCCAAAUUGUCUCAGAUUUUCAACAUCAACAUCAUCAUGUAAUAUUUGUGAAUAGAAUUAUGAAUUAAUAAAUGGUUAAUGUUAAUUAAAAACUUUAAUUGUAUCUUCCCCAUUCAAAUGCGAUGAUUCGAAUGCACAACUUUGCUCAUUCAACUCAGCUUUAAAUGUAAUUCUCAAGGAUUUAGAUAAUAAACAAAUAAGCAAAUUGUGUUCUAAUAAUUUAUAUUCUUCUACUCAAUUAAAAUGCGCUGGACUGGCAGUGCCUUCAUGCACAAAAUCUUAAUUUAGAAGUCAAUGUGCUUAAUGCAAUAAUAACAAUACAUUAACUGAAAUCAAAGAUUGUAAGCCUGUUUGCUUAACUAAUUUACGAUUUAGUGGACCAAAUAAUAUCUGUGUAAGUAAGUGCGAUAGAUAUUUCUUUAAAGUUACUUGUAUAGGAAGAAAUCCACGAUCGGAAUACUAUUGUAAUCCUUCAAAAAAUUGUUCAAGUACUGAAUUAGAUCUUGGCUAUUACUGUUUGCCUAAAGAUUAAAGUGUAGUUGGCUUUACUACUUUCUGUGGUAAAACUUAUCAGAAGUGCCAUUCAAGCUGCAAAUAUUGCUAUGGAAAUCUAAUGACAAAUUGUUUGGGAUGCUUUAAAGAUGUUUAUUAUAACCCUUAUAUGACAUCAUGUAUACCUGAUUGCUCUACAACAAAAAAUAAUAAAUUCUAUUAUAGUAAUAAAUAUAAUUGGACGUGUGAAUUAGAAUGCCCACCUUGGUUAUAUACAGAGAAUUUGAAUUGUGUUAAAGAAUGCAGUGUUGGAUUUAAAUUAUUUUAGAACUAAUGUUUUAAAACAAAGUUAAUUGAUACAUAUGAAACGGUAAAAGAAAUUCCUGAUGAAGUAGCACCUAAAUAAAUUGACAUACUUUAAUAUUGUCCUUAAUUUUGUAAAUCUUGUACAAGUGAUACACUUUGUACUAGUUGCUUAAAUCAGUAUCCAAUGGAUUAGGAUAUGUGUGUUUAGUCAUGUUAUCCUCAAUACUUAGAAAUAAUAGAUAAUGUUGGUUCCUGUAGAGCAUCUUGUAACCCUCAGGAUUUAAUUUAUGAGAAUAACAAUAUUAACGGAUAUUAGAUUAAUUAAUGCUUUAAGGAAAAAUGUGGUACUAUAAGAGCCAAUAAAGAUUAUUAAACUUUUCUGCAUCAAACUGAUACUCAUCGAUGUAUGUAUCCAUGUGAGGAUGGAUAUUAUGGUAAUACCUUACUCUUAUAAUGUUUACCAUGUAGUCAUACUUGUGCUACUUGUGAAUAAAGUGCUAUCUUCUGCACUUCUUGCCCUUACUUUAAAUUUUUAGAUUCAAAUAAUUGCUAUGACUCUUGCUAAGGUAAAUAUGAAAAUUAUUUGAACUCAAAAUGUGAAGGAUCAUGUUCAUCAGGAUAUUAAGUGAUAGAAUAAUCAUAAAAUAUAUAUGCAUGUGUUGAAAGUUGUGGAUCAAACUAUCCAACUUAUUUAUAUUCUUUAAAUAAUCGAUGUUAUGAGGUGUAGCCAGUUGUUGGAGCUUAUUGUGAAGGAUUUAAUUGUUAUAAUUGUAAUUAUAAAUGCAAAACAUGCUCAGGUCCAAACUCAAAUUAAUGUUUAAGUUGUAAACCAAAAUCAUAUUUAAAAAACAAUGAAUGUGUGAAAUAAUGCUAUCCAUAAUUUAGUGAUAGUUUAAAUUGGUUAUGUGUUGAUGCUUGCCCAACAGGAUCUUUUACAACUUAUGGUCCAGAAAUUGUCAAUGGUAAUUCUGUAAUAGUUACAUAUUGUUCUGUAACUUGCUUGUUUAAUUAAUAUUAAUUCAAAGAAUUAUGCUAUAACUCAAAACCUUUAGAAACAUACUGUUUAUUGAGAACAAAUUAUUAUUUUUGUGAUAGUUGUGCCUCAGUUUGCAAAGAAUGUCAAAAUGCUUACUCUACAUCAUGCACAAAAUGUUCUCCGAAUGCAUUUAUAUAUGGAACUACUUGUUAUACUGAUUGUCCAAGUAUUGCACCUUAUAAGGAUUUAAUUACAUUAAAAUGUGUUUCUAGUUGCACUUAUUUUGCAGAAAAUGGCUAUUGCGUUUAUUAAUGCUCUGAUUCAUAUUACUAAUAUCCCGCCUUAAAAACAUGCUAUUAAAUGGGUUGUCCUAUGGGAACUUAUAAUUUAUAAUAUACAAAACUAUGUUUUAGUUGCUACACUGGUUGUGCAACAUGCAAAAAUGGAAAUUCGAGUGGAUGUUUGACAUGCUCAGAUGGUUACUUUAUGAAUGGAGGAACAACUUGUAUCAAUUCUUGCAUUAUUGAACCUGAUUUAGUUUAAGAUUGGGUUAAUGGUAGAUGCGUUUAAUAGUGCCCUUAAGGAACAUAUUUGAGAACAUUAGAUAAUGGAGCACUUGCUUGUACCUAAGAUUGCCCAAAAUAUUAUUAUUCAAACAUUUGUGUUUCUGCAUGCCCUAGCUAGACUUAUUUAGAUAAAUAAAUUUGCAAAAGUUGUGCUGGUCCAUGUUCAGAAUGUUUUGGUGUUAAAGUUAAUGAAUGCACUAAAUGUGAUCUUGGCUAUUAUAGAGAUGAAACAACAUGUUAUUCCGUUUGCCCUGAUCUAAAGCCUUAUGCAAAUUUAGCUGAAUAAACAUGUGUGGCAGUUUGUCCAGACUACUUAUACUUGAAAAAAAAUUAUUGUUAUAGUCCUUGUCCUACAUUUUUAUACUAUUAUGAAUUAAAUGAUAAAAAAGAAUGUGUAGAUUAAUGCUAUUCUAAAUCUUACUUAUGGCUUGGUGAAUGCUAUGAAUGCAAUUCUAUAUGUAAGGAAUGUUUUGGACCAAAUAAUGGUAAUUGCCUUGAAUGUGAACUUCCUUAUUUUUUGAAUGAAUAGACUUGUUAAGAUACUUGUCCUUAGUUUUAUGAUUUAAUAGACCAUGUAUGCAAAGAUGCAUGUCCAGUUCAUUUAGUAAUUUAAGGAGUUAAUUGUUAAAAUGAAUGUGAUUCUGGAUAUUUAGUCUAUAAUUAAGUUUGCGUUCAAUUAUGCCCAACUUUCGCAUAUCUUGUAGAUGAUCACUGUUAUGAUUGCAAUUUAUAUUGUAGUACUUGUUUUGGACCAACAGCUGAUGAAUGCUAUUCUUGCAUUGAUAACUAUUUUUUAGAUGAAUCAAGUUGUAAAUCAGUAUGUCCUUUAUAUUAUAAUAAUGAAACUAAUAAAUGCAUGGCAGAUUGUAGUAAUAUGUUUGAAAUAACAGAAAAAAAAGAAUGUGUUUCAUCAUGUCCAUCAAAUUAUAUUAUCUGUGAAUCUAAAUGUGUAUUAGUUCUAUAGGAUGGAUAUUAUUUAGAUGGCAAUUAAUGUUAAUAAUGUGACCCUAAAUGUUCAUAAUGUACUUCAGCAACAGUUUGUUAAGCUUGCGCCAAAAAUUUUUAUCUUGAAGUCAAAUCUUGUGUUAGUUUUUGCUCAAAUGAAUAUUUAUUUAUGGAUCCUAUUUCAAGAUCUUGUGUAACAAAAUGUCCUUCUACAUUAUACCAUUUAGAAUCAUUUGGUAAAAGAUUUUGUGUGGCAGACUGCAAUUAUAAACUUUAUAGCCAAUGUGUUUCUGAAUGUCCAAAAGGAAUGUAUUCAAAAGAUUCGGUGUGUACUAAAUGUCCAUAAUAUUGUGAAGAAUGUGAAUCAGCUACAAUAUGCUCAAAAUGUUUAUUUGGUUAUUAUUUAUAAAAUGGAUAAUGUUAACUCAGUUGUACGAUUGGAAAAACUGAUAGAAAGAAUAUAAAGUGUGUUGAUGAAUGCGAUGCCUCUUUAUUUGAAUAUUAAAAUGAAUGUUUAGAAAAUUGUCCUACUGAUCCAAUUCUAUAUAAUAAUAAAUAGAUAUGUGCUCAUAGUUGUCCAUAAAAAACAUAUUAAAAUUAGUAAGAGUGUAAAGAUUGUGAUUUAUCAUGUGCAUUAUGUAUUGGGCCUUCAGAUAAGGAUUGUAUCAUUUGUUCAGAUGGAUAUUAUUUGGAUAAUCAAAUUUGUUCAUAAACAUGUCCAUAAUUAUAUGAUGAAGUUAAUAAAUAGUGUGUUCUUACAUGUCCUACUAAUCUCUACUAAGAUAACAAUAAAUGUGUUGAAAGCUGUGGUACUUACUAAUACAUUAAUAACUGUGUUAGUUCCUGUCCAGCAUUAACUUAUGUUUAAAAUUCAAAAUGCUAUGAUUGUUCUGAAAAUUGUAAUGAAUGCAAUUCUUUAGGAUGCAUCAAAUGUGCCCUUGGAACAUAUUUAAAUGAUGGCUUAUGUAAUAAUUAUUGCCCUUAUUAUUACAAUUAUGUUAAUAAUGAAUGUGCUUAAUUAUGUCCUAAAGAUACUUAUAUAUAUAUUGAUCAUUGUUAUUCUCAAUGUCCAUUAAGUACUUUUUAGUAUAAGAAUGACUGUCUUUUAGCAUGUCCAUAAUUAACAGUGUUAUUGAAUAAUUAAUGUCUAUAAUGCCCUGAAAGAUGUUUAAUAUGUAAAAGUGAAUAUGAAUGCUCUAAAUGUGAGAGUCCAUAUUUUUUAUUUAAUGGCUCCUGUGUUAUACACUGCCCAUUAUAAUUACCAUUUGAAGAUAUUACUAAUGGAAAAUGUUUGUCUGCUUGUCCACCAGAAGCUUAUGAAAGAGGAUAUGAAUGUGUAAAGGAAUGUAAUUUAGUCAUAUACCAAAAAUAAUGCCUGUAAAAAUGUCCUACUGGAUAUUAUGGUAAUGAUUAUUGUAAACCCUGCCGAUUAGAAUGUAAAACAUGUUCAAGUUUUGAAGUUUGUACAGAAUGUAACGAUAAUUUUUUCCUUGAAUUUAAUUAAUGUGAUACAUUAUGUACAAAAAUUAAGGAUAUAAAAUCCAAAUCCUGUGUCGACACAUGUAAUUUAUUUUUGUAUAAAAAUGUUUGUUAUGAAGCUUGUCCUUAAAACACUUAUGAAAAUAUAAAUGAAUGUGUCUUAAAUUGUAAUGAUGGUUAUUAUGGUUCUUAAGACUAUAAAUGCAAAAAAUGUUCAUAAGAAUGUGCUAGUUGCAUAAAUGCUUUAGAAUGUACUAAAUGUAAUAUUGGAUAUUUUCUUCAUAAUAAAAAAUGUUUGGAUUAAUGUCCAGGAUAAUUUUUUUCUAACCCUGUAAAUAAUGAAUGCUCAACAAAAUGUCCAAUAUAAACAUUUACAUUUUAGAACUCAUGUCUUUUUGAAUGUCCUUCUGAAUAUUUUAACGAUAUGGAUAAUUAUAAAUGUGUAAGCAAUUGUGGAUCUUAAUAAUAUUUAAGUAAAAAGAACUGUUUAAAAUGUGCAAUAGAAUGUGAUUAAUGCACUGGAAGAGGAAACAAUAAUUGUAUCAAAUGCGCAAGCAGUUUUCAAUUAACUGAAGAUGGCCUUUGCAUAGGCAACUGUAAAGAUGAAUAUUAUAAGUCAGAUAAUUCAUGUCAAAAAUGUCUACAUAAAUGUUAAACAUGUGAAAAUGGAACUGAUUGUAUCAAAUGUAGAGGUACAAAUAGAAGCACUUAAGAUUGCUCUUGUUAGAAAGGUUAUUAUGAUGAUGAAUUUUAUGAUGAUUGUUAAAAAUGUCCUUGUGAUGAAUGUACUGCUAUUGAUAACUGUCUUAUAUGUAAGAAUAAUCUAUAAGUUCCUAAAUGCUCUUGCGAUAGAAUACUUAAUGAAGAUUGGUGUAUAACUUGUCAAAUAGCAAAGGUUAAUAUCUAUUUCACUGAUGACCUAAAUUAAAUAAUUGUUUAUUUUGGUUAUUUGAUUUCUGUUAAUUUAAUCAAUCCAUUUUAACCUUCAGAUUGUUCUUUAUGGUUUGAUAAUUCAGAAAUUUUUGGUAAAAAUUCCUAAUGCUAUUUAUCAUGGAACAGAUAUGCUGUUCAUAUAAUUUUAAAGCCGUAUGCAUCUGUUAACAUUGGAGACAAGUUAAGUUUUAAAAACUCCUUUUAUAGAGAUAUAGACCAAGGCAUUUGCGAUGGUUAAUUUAUUGAAUAAUUUAUUGAAAAUAAAGUAAAAGAACCUUAAAAUUUGUAAAAACCUUAUAUCCUAUUUGAUAUCCCUUCAUUUGUUAGUACAUGCAAAAUUAUAUUUAUCAAAUAAAUCCUACUACAUGGUACUGGUUAAAAAAUCUAGAAUGUAUUGUCUUGGACUCUUAAAGAAAUGGAAGAUGAAGAAUAAUAUCUACAAAUGGAUGCAUUUUUAGCAAAUCAAUAAAAUGAAAUUACAAUUCCAAUUGGAACAUUGUAACCAAAUGUCACAUAUACANUGAUGGUUAUUAUGGUUCUUAAGACUAUAAAUGCAAAAAAUGUUCAUAAGAAUGUGCUAGUUGCAUAAAUGCUUUAGAAUGUACUAAAUGUAAUAUUGGAUAUUUUCUUCAUAAUAAAAAAUGUUUGGAUUAAUGUCCAGGAUAAUUUUUUUCUAACCCUGUAAAUAAUGAAUGCUCAACAAAAUGUCCAAUAUAAACAUUUACAUUUUAGAACUCAUGUCUUUUUGAAUGUCCUUCUGAAUAUUUUAACGAUAUGGAUAAUUAUAAAUGUGUAAGCAAUUGUGGAUCUUAAUAAUAUUUAAGUAAAAAGAACUGUUUAAAAUGUGCAAUAGAAUGUGAUUAAUGCACUGGAAGAGGAAACAAUAAUUGUAUCAAAUGCGCAAGCAGUUUUCAAUUAACUGAAGAUGGCCUUUGCAUAGGCAACUGUAAAGAUGAAUAUUAUAAGUCAGAUAAUUCAUGUCAAAAAUGUCUACAUAAAUGUUAAACAUGUGAAAAUGGAACUGAUUGUAUCAAAUGUAGAGGUACAAAUAGAAGCACUUAAGAUUGCUCUUGUUAGAAAGGUUAUUAUGAUGAUGAAUUUUAUGAUGAUUGUUAAAAAUGUCCUUGUGAUGAAUGUACUGCUAUUGAUAACUGUCUUAUAUGUAAGAAUAAUCUAUAAGUUCCUAAAUGCUCUUGCGAUAGAAUACUUAAUGAAGAUUGGUGUAUAACUUGUCAAAUAGCAAAGGUUAAUAUCUAUUUCACUGAUGACCUAAAUUAAAUAAUUGUUUAUUUUGGUUAUUUGAUUUCUGUUAAUUUAAUCAAUCCAUUUUAACCUUCAGAUUGUUCUUUAUGGUUUGAUAAUUCAGAAAUUUUUGGUAAAAAUUCCUAAUGCUAUUUAUCAUGGAACAGAUAUGCUGUUCAUAUAAUUUUAAAGCCGUAUGCAUCUGUUAACAUUGGAGACAAGUUAAGUUUUAAAAACUCCUUUUAUAGAGAUAUAGACCAAGGCAUUUGCGAUGGUUAAUUUAUUGAAUAAUUUAUUGAAAAUAAAGUAAAAGAACCUUAAAAUUUGUAAAAACCUUAUAUCCUAUUUGAUAUCCCUUCAUUUGUUAGUACAUGCAAAAUUAUAUUUAUCAAAUAAAUCCUACUACAUGGUACUGGUUAAAAAAUCUAGAAUGUAUUGUCUUGGACUCUUAAAGAAAUGGAAGAUGAAGAAUAAUAUCUACAAAUGGAUGCAUUUUUAGCAAAUCAAUAAAAUGAAAUUACAAUUCCAAUUGGAACAUUGUAACCAAAUGUCACAUAUACAAUCACAGCUAAAUAUGUUAAUUUCUUGCAAAGAGUCAAUUUUACUACUUUUACAUUUACAACCCUUCCAAUUUAAGCUCCUUAUGUGUUUUUAUCAUAUGAACCUUUGAUUGCAAGAGUUUAUGUAUUUGAUUGUCAUGUCUCUUACUCAGAUUUGAAAAAUGAAUUCAAUGUUGCUAUUGAAAUAACAGGUAGUAAUAACGAAUCAUAUAUUUCGUUAAGUUAGUAAAUUAAUCCUAUAUAUGAAAUUCCUCUAAAUGAGUCUCUUCUUCCUAAAGAAACUCCAUUAUUAUUUACUGCCUCAACUGGUAGUUCGAUAAUAAAAGAAACUAUUAAUCUAAAAUCUAAAAUAAUUGAUAUUAAAUUUUUAUAAAAAAAUAGAUUUAUAGGUUUGGAUAAUUAAAUUAAUGCAAGAGGUUUCGAUAGAAAUAUAGAGGACGAAGUUUUGAGUACUAUAGGGAUUACUUAUGAAUGGCAAUGCAACAACUUAAAUAAUUUAUAACCUUGUAAAACUGAUGAAAACUAAAUUAUGCAAUUCCCUUCAAGAAGAAUAGUCAAUAUCUUUGCUGAUAGUUAGAAUACAACUUUAGUUUUCUUUGCAAAAGCAUCUAAAGGUGACAGAUGGACUGUCAAAGAAUAGUUGAUAGUUAUCACAGAUUUUAACAUCGAAGAAGAAUUUUAUAUAAAUAAUGAAGAUCCAUAAAAUUAUAUUAAUGCAAAUGAUGAAGUGACAAUCUUAUUAAAAAAAUAAUAAAAGUAUGCUUUUAUUAUUCAAUAACAUAAAAUUUUGUAGUCUAUGAAAAUAUCUGGUUUAUCUUUAAAAUUUAGAUUAGCUGGCUUAACUACUGAUUUUAAAAGUCCUGUCUACAUUUAUUUGGUACCAGGUAAUGAAUCUAUAGCUUUCAAACUGAACGAAUCUCCUCAAAAAGUUUUUUUGUAAAUAGAGCCAUUAAUAGGAGAAUCUCUAGAUUAUUUUAAUUACACUCUUUCCAAUCUUUAAGCUGGAAAUUCAGUAAGUUUCUAUUAUUAUUUUGAAAAUUCCAUUCUUGAAAAUGAUGUAAAUGCAUAAUCUAUAAUUAAUGGAAUACCAUUAAUUACAAACUCUAAAGAAACAUCUGGAUCAUUUUAGCUACCAAAUGGAAUCACAAAUAAUUCAAUUUCAGUUUUAUGUGAGAUAUCAUCCAAUUAUGGGGCUAAAUCUUAUUUGAAAUAAGAUGUUUAUGUGGUUAGGAAAAAUUAUGAGAUGUAAUAAUUGUACCAAUCAUUCACUAAUAAAACAAAUUUAGAAGAUUUAUAAAGUCUUCAUACUAUGAUUGCCCUUAUCUAAUUAGAAGAAUAGUAGGUUUGCUUGAAAUAAUGCUCAGGGGUUGGGUCAUGUGUAAAUAAGAAAUGUUAAUGUCCACCAGGAUAUUAUUUUCCUGAUUGUAGUGGAAAUUAAGAAUAAUAAAUAUAAUUCAAUAAAUUUAUGACUGAUGUAAUGUAAUAAUUAAUCAAAACGCCAAUAAAAAAUAACAACGACAUGAAAUUAUUUAGUCAAUCUCUUUACUUUUUAACAUAAUUUAGUUCUAAUAAUACAAUAAGUUUAGAAGAUUGCUCAAUUAUAUUACAAUCAUAUAUUUAGAAUACAAAUUCUAGAUUAGAAUAGAUUAAUUAAUAUUCAAUAAAUUUACAAUAUUAAUCAACAGAUGAUUUUAAUUAUUCAUAAAUAGACAUUCGCUCUUUAAUAAAUAAACAAGAUUUACACACAGCCCUUAAAAGCACAGUUUUUAUGUGGGAAAAGACUUUGUUUACCUCAGGCUCAAAUGUCUAUUAGUUAUAAAAUCAUCUAAAUAAUUUCAUCAAUAAUAUCAUUGAGUUAACUAUCUUUGCUUUAAGCCCUGAUGAAAAAAUAGAUUUUUCAAUAGAUACUGCAUCUAUAACAAUUAAAAAAUCCAAAACCCUCCCUUAUAAUUCUAGUAGAAUUUUAUAAGAAAUCAAUAAUGAGAAUUCAACUAUUUAUGAUAUAGUUUAGGCGAUUUACAUUAGGAACUUUUAUGCUUUUGAUGGUUAUUUCCCAUAUCCAUAGUAAAUUUAUCCAUUAUAUGUAUAUUAAAUCAGAUAUUCAAAUCGAAAAGAAAAUAUUUAAUUAAUAUAACCAAUCUCAUAUCGAUUUGGAAUUCAAAACGAUACAACAAACUUGGUUUGUUUAUAAAGAAAUGCUAAGACUUAUGAAUGGUUUAAUUAAAAUUGCACACUCUCUGAAAUAAAUUCAACGUACUAUUGUAACUGUACAACUCUAUCUCCUACAACAAUUUGUAAUGACUACGAUUUUAUUUAUUAAGGUAAUUCAGGAUUCCGGAUUAAUCUUCCAAAUAUUUUUUAUAUCAUUUACAUUAUUUAAUUAAUAAUAUUAGGAAUUUUUGUGAGCAAAUCAAAAAUGUAAGAGAAUGAAUAAUAAACUGAAAAUACUAAAUUUGGCCGUGUUUUUAAAUUAGCUAAAAAUAAAAAAGUGAAUAUUAUUGGAAACUAAGUUUAUCCAGUUGAACAGGAAAAGGAUACUCGAGAAUUAAUAACAAAGCCAUAAUUAAACAAUUAAGAUAACAUAAAUGAUAAGUUUCAUUUUAAUUAUUUCUGGGUACUCAAUUUUUGCUAAUAUUUUUUUUAGAAAUACCAUUGCUUAACAUAGUUAAUAUUUAAAUAAUAAGUUUACUUAAGCCCAUUCAUGAGGUCUCUUUUAAUAUUAUUAAGAUGGAAUUCAGCAGUGAUUGUUGCAGAAGUUUUAUUUUUGUUUUAAUUUGAUUACUAAGUUUCACUUUGGAUUAUACUUGCAUCAAUUAUCAUUAUGAGAAUUAGUGAAAGUUUCCUUAAAGUAUAUAUGAUUCUGAUUUUUAGAAAUAAAUAAAGUAUGUUGUUAUCAUGAAACAAAUUAUUGUGGUUAUAAUCAUCAAAAGCUUAAUAUUAUUACUUUUGGUAUUCACAAUAUUAUGUGGAUUAUAUUUUUAUUUAAUGAUAGACAACUAAACAAAUUUAGUAAUUUAAUUUAUUAAAUUUAGAUAUUAUCUUAUUUUGGUGCAAUAUUAAUUGAUAUCCUUUUACUUGAUAUAAUAAUAUUUAGCUCUAAAAGAUUUUUAGGGGAAAAUAAGAAGAAAAACAUAAGAAAAAAGAUCAAAGAGCUAAAAUAAUUGGCAAAAAUUCAAAAGUAGAACGAUUGA